UACGCUCCCGCUCGUGCACCUUGCUCGAGUCAGGGGCGCGCUUAUGGGCGCGUUCACGUUGUGUAUCCAGUGUGUGAGCGAGACCCACAAUUCAUCAUCACAGUCCAUUCAAUUUGUACUCAGACGCUGACCCAUUCAGAGCUUCAGCCAUGGCCUCCGGUGUGAAAGUCACAGAUGAAGUUAUCGCGGUCUUCAACGACAUGAAGGUGCGUAAGGCUCAGGCGAACGAGGAUGAGAAGAGGAAGAGGAAGAAGGCCAUUCUGUUCUGCAUGAGCAAGGACCUCAAGAACAUUGUUCUGGAUGAUGGCAAAGAGAUCCUGCUGGGUGACUUGGGAACCACCGUCCAGGACCCAUACCAGCACUUUGUGAAGAUGCUGCCCCCAGAUGACUGCCGCUACGCCCUGUAUGACGCCACCUAUGAGACCAAAGAAACAAAGAAGGAGGACCUGGUCUUUAUCUUCUGGGCUCCAGAAAGUGCCCCCUUAAAGAGCAAGAUGAUCUAUGCCAGCUCAAAAGAUGCUAUCAAGAGAAAGUUUGAAGGUAUUAAGCACGAGUGGCAGGUGAAUGGUUUGGAAGACCUCAAAGAUCGGCACACCCUGGCAGAAAAACUCGGCGGCUCGUCAGUAGUCAGCCUGGAAGGAGCCCCUAUAUAAAUAUUGCCCGCCCACCCCCCCCCCUCCUCUCUGGCUUCGAUCGAGGCCUUUCAGACACAUCUGUUGGGUUUAGUGUUCAUUCCAGUGUGGUUUGGAGAAGGGCAAAAGCAGAACCAGCACCAUUUGCGGGACUCUCGGGGUGAGAUAUUGUGGGUGGGUUUGGGGUCAAGUGACAGUUUAAAAACAAAAAGAAAUUCCACUAAUGCAGACUGUCAUUCCAGUUCACGCAACAUAAAGAAUAUGAACAAAACACACAAAGGAAAAACAUUAAGAUACAACGAGGAAGGAUGAUGAUGAUGAUGUUAAAACUAAAAUACACAUAUUGUUCAUGUUUAAUACAGGGUUCUGUUCUUCUUUCGGGUUCCAUUGGUAUGAGUGCAGAGAAGGGACAGGAAAUAGCCUUAGUUUUCCAACCAUUGAAUCCUGACAAAUAAUCGUUCCAACUACUUCUUUUUUUUUUUUUUUUGCCAAACUUCUAGUUAAGUUUUGUAAAUGUGUGUAGUUGAGACUAGUUGUAGUAUGAACUAAUUCACAAGGUGUAUCAAAACCUUCUCUGGGGGGGAAACACGGUUAAAUAUAUAUUGUUUUUGUUUGGUUAUCCAUUUGUUUUCUUUUUGAACAUGCAAAUUACAAAAUUUGAGUGAUUCCUUUUUAUUUCCAGUUCUGGGUCUGAAAACCAUGGCAUUUUAUGUAGUUAACAGACAACAUUCCUUGUACUUGUUAAAACCAGGAUCUCCUUGAAUUAAAAUCUCUGGUGUUAUGAAGGUCUGAUGGGGAGCGAUGUGUAUAUGAAAGACCAGCGGUCAAGAGUUUAGACUGAAUAUUGAAUGGUGGAUGUUUUGUAUCGUCUCCUUAUCUCUAAUAAAAAGCACUAAACUACUGA